GGGAAAGGAGCCUGACUCAUCCCGGCUGGGACCCGGCAGGUGCCAGAGGGAGCAGUCUCCUCCCGUCGCCCUGCACCCGUGGAAGAAGCCAUGCCCCACUUCUUGGAUUGGUUUGUGCCCGUGUAUCUGAUGAUCUCCAUUCUCAUCCUGGUUGGCUUUGGAGCUUGCAUUUACUACUUUGAACCAGGACUCCAGGAAGCCCAUAAGUGGCGAACACAGAGGCCAAUCAUGGAGCGAGAUCUUCGGAAGACACUGAUGAUUCGGGACAACCUGGCCUUUGGGGUGCCUGAGGUCUGACAAGCUGUCCAUCACAGCCAGAGGAAUCUCUCCUGGUCAAGGUUUGUGUGGCUGGGGCUUCCCAUGUGCUCACAACUCUUCAGCCAGCCAAGGACUUCUGCUCCUUCCCUUGGCCAAGACUGAUGGACCACUCAAAUGAAAUAUGCCUUGUUAAUCACUUGAGUUUGAGCUGCCUGGCGUCUUGAUGGCACCUUCAGCAGGAAAGGUACCUGGUUUUGCAAAGGGAUACAGAAGCUUGUAUUCCUAUUCCCUAGGUUAAAUCUAACAUAGUCUGUCUAAGUCCAAAGGGUAUUUUGGGGAAAAUAAAUGGGGUUUCAAUACAAAUUGUUGCUUUAGCUGAGAUCUUCCCAGCACCCACUCUCAGUGCUAGGAUGGUGAGCUUGCUGAAGCUCUGUGCAGGGGUACCAAGGGCUCAAUGAGCCUCAGAGACUGAAUGCCUUUAUCCUUG